AUGUCUUCAACAACAGCUACGGCGACUACCACUUCAACCUUUGCUGUCAUGCCACAACCAAAUGAACGUGACGUUACAAUCGAGUUAGAACCACAAGUUGCAAAAUUUCACGACAAACAUAGCGUGAAUUAUAUAAUACGGUCCGGUCUUGCAGGAGGGAUAGCCGGUUGCAUGGCAAAGUCUGCAGUCGCGCCGUUUGAUAGGGUAAAGAUAUUAUUUCAGACUAAUAAUCCACAUUAUCAAGCAUACGCAGGUACAUGGACGGGUGUAUUUGUAGCUGGUAAAAGGAUUUAUCAUGCUUCAGGUCCUAGAGGUUUAUUUCAAGGACACUCUGCUACAUUAAUUAGGAUUUUUCCAUACGCUGCAAUAAAAUUUGUCGCAUAUGAACAAUUUCGUCAUUUAAUAAUGAAAACAAGACAAGAUGAAACGUCAGCAAGGCAAUUUCUGGCAGGAUCACUAGCUGGAAUUACAUCAGUCUUAUUUACAUAUCCGUUAGAAUUAAUACGUGUUAGACUAGCAUACGAAGAUCGAAAAGAUAUUCCCGUAGGAAUCCGAUCAAUAUGUCAACAGAUAUACCACGAGCCAGCUGGAUCACGAAACACAAUAAUCCACCUGCCGAUAAUGAACUUUUAUCGAGGCUUAAUACCAACAAUCCUUGGAAUGGUUCCCUACGCGGGAGUAUCAUUUCUAAUGCAUCACUGGCUAUCAAACUUGUGUCGGACAACAUUUGCAGAUUUUACCACGUCGCCUUCUCUAGCAGCUGGAAAACUAGAUAGUCGGGGACAAGAAAGACGAGCUCCGCUUAAAACAUGGGCAGAACUUGUGGUUGGUGGACUGUCGGGUGCUAUUGCGCAGACUGCCUCCUAUCCUUUCGAGAUUAUAAGACGGCGGAUGCAAGUUUAUGGCACGUUGGAUCCGACAAAGUUUGCAAGUAUGUUGGAGACUACUCGCAAUAUCUGGCGAACUAGAGGGUUACCCGGGUUCUAUAUCGGAUUGAGUAUUGGUUAUUUGAAAGUUACCCCGAUGAUGGCUGUCUCGUUUACUGUGUAUUAUCGUAUGAAAUUACUAUUAAAUAUUGAUUAG